UCUUGCGAUUUCUGCAUUUUAACGUGAAUUUUCCUGUUCAAAUGGUUUAAUAGAUGAUUCAGAUUUGCUCUACAUUGAAAAUUCAAACAGAAUCCAACGUAAUUGUUAACAAACAUGAGUCGGCGUAAACGGGAAAGUUCUCCGGAAGCACCAUCAAAAAAGCGUCGAAACCGAAUUCGUGAAAACAGCAUUAGUGACACUGAAGAUUUUCCUAUACGUAUAUUGCAGGAAGCAGUGAGUUUUGGGAAUGUAUUAUCGCAAUCUUCGAAGAGGUGCUCUGACGCAAUUGAGCAAGCAAUUAUUUUCGACAUUAAGCAAAAUAUUCGAAGCGGCAAGAUUUUACGGAUGCAAUUGAAAAAUUUUAUGUGUCAUCGAAAUCUAAUAAUUGAUUUUAAUAAAAGAGCGAACCUGUUGGUUGGUAACAAUGGAAGUGGAAAGAGCGCUAUCCUAGCUGCUUUGACCGUUGGGCUUGGGUGUAGCGCUAGUUCAACCAAUCGAAGCAGCAGUAUAAAGCAGUUGAUUAAACAUGGUGAAACACAGGCCACUAUUGAAAUUCAUUUGGAGAAUGACAGUUUCGAUGCGUACGAGAGAGACGUCUAUGGUAACAAGAUAAUUGUGAUGCGAACAAUUAACGCUUCCGGUGCAACAAAUUACAAACUGAAAAGUGAGAACGGCAAUAUUGUAUCAACGAGCCGAAGCGAGUUGCAUAAGCUGAUCCUAUUCCUAAAUAUUCAAGUUGACAAUCCAGUAUGCGUGCUGAAUCAGGAUUUGGCUCGAUCUUUUCUUAAAGACUCCGAUGAAAAGAAGCAGUACAGUCUGUUUCUGAAAGCUACACAAAUUGAUACCAUCACUAGUAAGCUCAAUGGUUGUACACCCCAGCUGGAAAAUGCAAAACACAAUCUGGAAUGCAACGAGAAAAGUUUGCGAUUUUUGGAACGCGAAAUUCGAGAUAUGACAGAAAAGUACAACAACCUUCAGUCGGUGGAGAAACUUAAGGAGAGUCUCAAAGAGGCACAAGUCAAGUUAGGUUGGCGGAUUGUGGUCGACAAAAGUGCUGAAUUUGAUCAGCUAGAGGAACAAUUACGUCUCAAGUUAGACACUAUGAAGGAUCACUUGAACUCCAUUCAGAACAAGGAAACCAUCGAAGCACAGAUUGAACGUACGAUUCAACGCUUUCGAAAUGAUAUCGAAGGUAAAAAGGUUGGUUUCGGUGAGGUACAGGAUAAAUACAAUCAAGCCCGCAAGAUUGGCCAGCAAAUGCAGGAACAACUUGCAGAUAAGAAACGACAACUCGCAAAGACAACGGAUCGUCUGCAGCGGCAAGCCGACGACAUUCGUGGCUUGGAGGCCGAUUUGAAACAGCGCAGUGAAUCUGGAUACCAUCGAGUGGCGGAAGAGAAAAAGCGAAAUGAAGAAAUGAUGGAGGAACUGAGUGGAAGACGGACCGAUCUGCUGGUCAUGAUUGAAAACACAAAACGCGAUGUAGAAAGUCUGCAUAACACGCUCGUACAAAUUGCGGAGGCAAAAGAAGAAUUACAGCACGGACGAGUGGCUAAGCAACACGAAAAGUCACGCACUGAAUCACAGCUGCAGCAAUUCGAUUCGUCAUCCCGUGAUAAUCUGUCCGUUUUUGGUCACAACAUGCCGGCUUUUGUUGCCAGAAUUCGACAGCUACACCAGCAAGGUCGAUUUUCUGAGUUGCCACGCGGUCCACUGGGUCAGUAUAUUAAAGUCAAGGACAAAAAGUGGACUGCUUUAGUUGAGACCGUGAUUGGCCCCGGAAUGUUGACCGCCUUCUACGUUAAUUCCGACGCCGAUCGAUCUGCUCUGAAUCAGCUCAUUCAGCGUGAGUUUCCAGAUUUACGAGGACGCACGAUCAUAACGGGACGGUUUCACAAGCAAGUUUACGACAUUCGCGAAGGCAGAGUUGCUGAAAUGCCACAAACUUAUGCGCUAACGAAUUUGAUCAGCGUUAGCGAUCCUGUCGUUAUGAAUUGUUUGAUUGAUCAGGUUAAAAUAGAAACAAUUCUUGCUGUUAGGGACCAGAGCUUGGCCAUCCGUCUCACCAGCCAGCAGGAGAAUGUUCCAACGAAUUUACAGAAAAUUGUCGUAAUAGAGCCGUUCUCGGAGUUUUACCCAAUGCCAAACUAUAGAAGCUAUGGGUUGCAGAAAAAACCUGCGCGAUAUCUUCAGGUUAAUAUGACGGAAUUGAAGAAACAAACCGAACGGCAAAUGCAGCAAAUAAACGAAGAGUUAAAAGCUUUGAAUCGUCAAGUUGAGCAAGAAACUGAAAGACAAAAUGAGAAACAAAGUGCCUUGAAGGAAAAGCAGCAUCUGCUGGGGAAGCAACAACGUGAGCUUGCUAAUCUAGAAUCUAAGCUUAAUGAUUUAAAGGCGAUUGAAUAUCCGGCUGAAUCGGAAGAUGUUACUCUUCAGACCGAACUGGAUGAGCUAAAGCUUGCCGAGGUCAAGCUAACAGAAGCGAUCGACAAAAGCAAGCAAGAUAUCGAAACUUGCCAGCAAGAAAUAGCCGCCCAGGCGCGGAACAUACAGGAGAAAAGAGACCUCCUGAAGCAAAUCGAGGAUGAGAUACAGAAAAUUCAGGACGAUAUUGAUGCUGAACAGCAAAAGAGACACGAUAUGCAGGCUAAUUCCAAGACAAAGCAGCAGCAGCUAGAUCGCCUGCGUCAUGAAGUCAAAACAUUGCAGACUAGUCGAACCGAAAUGAAGCAAACGCUUGAAACCAUGACUCAAGUAGCCCAAACACAAGGUGAUCGAAUUGAGGUAAAGGAAACACAAGAUCAACUCAAAAGGUCGAUUUCAUCGACGGAGAAGCGAAUUAAGCACAUCAAUUCCAAUAACGAUAACAUUGUCGAUGUUAAGGCAAUUCUUGAUAACAAACUGGUGAAGCAGGAAACAUCGUUGCGGUACACGGAUUCCCUGAAGAAAGUGGUCAGAGCAUUGCAGAAUUCCCGCAGCGCUCGCUACGCUUAUCUGCAUAAGCUCAAAUCGCACAUGUCACUUCGAGUGAAACAUAAAUUCAACACCGUCAUGCAGCUGCGUGGUUUCGUGGGAGAAAUAGCGAUGGAUGUCAAAAACUAUACCUUAACGCUGUCGGUUGUGCCACGCGAUAAGAACGUAUCGAACGCUGUUUCCAACACCAAAUCGCUGUCGGGCGGAGAGCGUUCGUAUUCUACGGUGGCCUUCCUGAUUGCGUUGUGGUCCUGCGUUGACACUCCAUUCUACUUCCUGGAUGAGUACGAUGUUUUUACCGAUCAGGUUAAUAGGCACAUGAUGACGAUGUUGCUACUGAAUGAAACCAAGAAGAAAGCUGACCGGCAGUUCUGCUUUCUCACGCCGCAAGAUAUGAGCAACAUUCAAGCUACAGAUGAUCUAACCAUUCACCGGAUGGCAGACCCGGAGCGAUGCUGAGCACGCUUCAAAUGACAAAGGUAUUAAAAUACUUGUUGCUGUCCAGUUCAAUGUUAUUGGUAUGUUCCUUACUUUUGUUUGACAAACUUAAGAAUUCGUUUU